AUGACUGUGACCGGCGCAUUCGAAGUCAAAGUAAUUCCUACCAAGGAGGAAUAUCCUCGCUUAGUGGAGGUGCUAUGGGCAGCUAAUAUGCACCCAUACAAUCCCGUCUUUACCGCCGUGCAUCCGAUAAGCGGACCCACGGCCGAGGAUCGCGCCCGGGACAAAGCACUUGAUACCGAAGUCCGGUGGAGCGCAAGUGAAAGGAACCCAUUCUCGCGUCUCAUCUACGUGAUCGACAAAGAAACGGGUCGAAUAGCCGGUGGAUGCGAAUGGCCGAUCUACCAUGAGAAUCCAUUCCCGACCGGACCGCAACCUGUGGUACCUGGUACCCUGAAAGCACGGAGCGAGCCGAGUACGCAGAGCGAAUGCUCAAUCAGGCACUCUUCCCACGACAAUGCUGGUUUCAGCGACCACAUGCAGGGGUGA